AUGGAAGUCGACCAUGCCGAGCAACGUGUGCUUCCUGAAGAAAGCACCAGCCCCAGUUCUCCCAAAUCCUCAUUUGUCGACUUCUUCAAGCGAGGAAGCUAUCAUUUACGCAGAUCCAGCAAGCAAGAUAAUGCAACCGCCUCGAACUCAUCCGAUCUGCCGCCCAUUGAUACAAAACAACCACCCGGCCUCGCCAAGCAAGAUAACCCGGCACCAUUCACAACUAUAACAAACGAUGUCGACGAGAAGCUCCAACCGGAUGAGCUUGCCUCGACUCCAGAGGCUCCCAAGUCCGACAGAUCAGCCUCAGACACCGCAGUCGCACCCGAAUCCAUCCUGCGUAAGCAAAACCCAUUCAACCUCGAUUCAAUAAUAUGGGACGACUCGUCGCGUGACGGAUUAAAUCGACGAGCAUCUGUCGAUCUAGACGAUAUGAUCGCCCGACUCUUGGAAGUCGGACAUUCAAAGCCUACAAAGAAAUUCUGCCUCGAACCCACCGAGGUCCUAUCUAUCUGUUCAAUCGCACGCAACCUAUUUCUCUCCCAGCCAGUGCUCCUGGAGCUCAACGCUCCUGUUAACAUAGUUGGCGAUAUUCACGGCCAAUAUCCGGAUCUACUGCGGAUCUUCGAGCAAUCCGGAUACCCUUCCACCACUAAUUACCUCUUCCUGGGCGAUUACGUCGACCGUGGAAAACAAAGCUUGGAAACUAUACUUUUGCUCCUAUGCUACAAGCUUAAGUACCCUGAAACCUUCUUCCUCCUUCGAGGCAACCACGAAUGUGCCAAUAUCUCCCGCAUCUACGGCUUCCACGACGAAUGCAAGCGCAGGUCUACAAUCAAGGUGUGGAAGACAUUUACGGAUGUGUUUAACUGCCUUCCCAUCGCGGCCGUUGUGGCGGAGAAAAUAUUCUGCGUUCAUGGUGGUCUUUCGCCUAACUUGGUAGAUCUGAACGAUAUUCGAAACAUUGUUCGCCCGACCGAGAUUCCUGGACAAGGACUUCUGACCGAUCUUCUCUGGAGUGACCCGGCUAAUAUCAAAGACUGGGGACCGAACGACGAUCGCGGUGUUAGCUGGACGUUUGGAAGGAAGGUUGUGGCAAAUUUCUUGAAACGACAUGGCUUGGAUUUGGUGUGCCGGUCACACAUGGUCGUUGAAACAGGCUAUGAGUUCUUUGGGGAUCGAAGUCUUGUGACGAUCUUCUCUGCGCCGAAUUACUGCGGUGAAUUCGAUAACUGGGGAGCUAUCAUGACCAUCUCGGAAGAUCUCCUCUGCAACUUCGAUGUGAUUAAAUCGCCGGUCAUUCCUUCUACCAGCGGGCGUACGAGAAGAAGAAGUGGGUCGACGGCGUGGGAGAAAGCCCUGUGA